GCACACUGGCAACGCGCGCGCGAUCGGCCCGGCAAAGUGGUGGAAGAGAGGCACGACGAAGCGGCGAGGUGGUACGUUAUAGUAGUGCCGAGAGAAGCGGCGCUUGGCCGGAGCCACGGCACAGCUACGCGAGUCUAUCGCGAGUCCUCGAGCGAGAAGUGAGCGAGCGAGCGAGCGAGCGAUUCCGGUCGUCUCCUUCGUCCUCGUGGACGUGCUUCGUCGUGGUGCGAUCCUCCCGCGAGUCCUGCGAGCGAGCGAGUGUGAGCCGAGCAUCCAGUGGAAUACGCGACGGAAAACGUUCUUCUCGCGGAUUGCGCAAUCGGUGCUGCUCCUCUCGCAUCCGGUUGCCCCUCAGGAUGGGUUAAAUUCGUGCUUCGCGAGUGCUAAGGGUAAUAGCAGUGACGUGACGUGACGUGACGUGACGCGACUGUUCUCGCUUCGAGAGCUUCGAGAACGACGCCGCACGGCGAGGAGGUCCCGGCGACGGCCCUCGCCUGGUGGCUCGCUCGUCCUUCGUCCUCUUCUGCGGAAAACAGGCUCCUUUUGUUACGCGCGAGCAACGUCUUAUAACCGUCUCCGUCGUCGGGAACUCGUCGGCAUUCUGGAGUCGUCUGCUGACCGCGCGUUCAGGGCGAAUGAACUGUGCACGGCGAUGAUAGUUCUCCGGCGAUGCGCGAGUAAUGAGGGAGCUACGUGACCGACCGAGCACGACCGGCGGAGAUAGAGAAAGAAGAAAGAGAGAGGGAGAGAGAGAGAGAGAGUGAGAGAGAGAGAGAGAGAGAGAGAGAGAGAGAGAAAAAUAUAUACCUAACCUCGACCUCGAAGUGUCGAGCGUUGUGUAGCGUGCGGCAAAACGUCACCGUCGUCGAUCUCGUCUUCAUCGUCGUCCUCGUCGUCGUCGUCGUCGUCGUCCUCGUCGUCGUCGUCGUCGUCGUUGUGGUCACGUCACGCGUAGACGAGUGUCCGGCAGGCCGAGACGUGUGUCGCGGGGAGAAGUCUGACGAUGAGGAGUGUCUAGUAUUAUUUAGUAAGGCUGCAACACUGGAAACGGAGUACCUUGUAACUUACCAAAUAGCGGAUUAGCCAUUAGCCGGCGUCCGAUAACCUUUACGACGAUCGCGGCGCGAUUAUUCUAACGAGUUCAGCCCGAGACGAGGCUUCCCACGGGAAAAAAUAACGGGGGAGAGGGGUCUACUCGGCGGAUAAGAGACCCCCGACACGAGUCCCGGAACACAGACAGAGAGAGAGAGAGAGAGAGAGAGAGAGAGAGUCCGGACGUGCAACAAGUUGAAGGAAGAGCACGUGGUGAAGGCAGCGCGCGAAUCAAUUAGAGUGUCCGUCCUUACGUAAGACCUAGUGACGCGCGCAACGGCGAUAACUUUUGGCCACCGUCGUCGUCGUGGUAACCGCUGAUAAGGAAAGCACAGAGGUCUACUACGAGCAGACAAUAAGUCGAAUGAUUGGUCAGUCGGCGAUAGCGAUUCGCGGCGUGAGCACAUUUCGCUUGGAAGCCGAAGGAAGUCUAUCGGAAGAAUAUCUGCCCUCGGUUGCGCUCGAUAUCUCCCUCUUUCUCUCCCCCCGCCCCCCGCCCCCCGAUACAUCAGCGUCGAAAAUCGCCUGCCGACGAGCUUGGGAAGUCUUUGAAGUCCACGACGGGACGAGUCGUCCGAUCGAGAAGCCGGACUGUUCGAUCGCCCGAGCGUCGCGCGACGCGUAGAUGCGCGCGACGUGGACGACGUUGCUUCAAAGUGCUGACAGAUAAAACGCUCGAUCGGCCGUUAAGUGUCGGUCACAGGAAGUCGCUUCUCCUCGGCUUCGUCGAGGAGUGGUGAGGCUUGAAAGGGGCGGCGGGUUCGGAACACACCCGCGGAUCCAAGUCGGGCUGUCUGUCACGGUGCGCAAGGCGCAAGCCUUUGAAUGACCUUCGUAUUCUGCGGCUUCGUCUUCGACUCGUCCGACGAGAAGACGAGACAAAUGCCGGUCGCUUCGGAGGACUGGGUGCCCCACCCGGCCAAGAUAACCAGUUCCAUCACCACCGUCAAGGGUGCCACCAUACAGAGCACGACGACGGCCUGGAUGUCGCCGUACAGCAGAACGGCACCGCCGGAUCGCGGGGGGUCCAACAACAACAAUAACAACAAUAACAACGGCGUGGUGAUAUUGGACGGGUGCAGGCCGCCGGCGGCCACCACGGCCAGGAGGUUCUUCAGGUGGUUCAGCAGGCUGGGACAGCCGCCGAUGGGCAAGUCAGGGGUGCUGGAGAUGGCGGCCACCGAGAGCACGAUCCGAUUUAGCGGCCACACGUUGGACAAGGCAACCAAGGCCAAGGUAACGCUGGAGAACUAUUACAGCAACCUGAUAGCGCAGCACAUCGAGCGGAAGCAGAGGCUGGCGAAGCUCGAGGAGUCCUUGAAGGACGAGGGCCUGUCGGAGCAGCAGAAGCAGGAGAAGAGGUUGCAGCAUGCCCAGAAAGAGACCGAGUUCCUCCGGCUGAAGCGGUCGAGGCUCGGCGUCGAGGAUUUCGAGCCUCUCAAGGUCAUCGGCAGAGGUGCCUUUGGCGAGGUGAGACUCGUGCAGAAGAAGGACACCGGGCACGUGUACGCGAUGAAGAUCCUCAGAAAGGCCGACAUGCUCGAGAAGGAGCAGGUCGCGCACGUCAGGGCGGAGAGAGACGUGCUCGUGGAAGCGGACCACCAGUGGGUCGUGAAGAUGUACUACAGUUUCCAGGAUCCUAUAAAUCUCUAUUUAAUAAUGGAGUUUCUUCCUGGCGGUGACAUGAUGACGCUGCUCAUGAAGAAGGAUACGCUUUCCGAGGAGUGCACGCAAUUUUAUAUUUCCGAAACGGCGUUAGCGAUCGACUCCAUACACAAGUUAGGUUUUAUUCAUAGAGACAUCAAGCCGGACAACCUGUUGCUGGACGCACGGGGCCACAUAAAACUCUCUGACUUUGGGCUGUGCACGGGUCUGAAGAAAUCACACAGGACUGACUUCUACAGAGACCUGAGUCAAGCGAAGCCUUCCGAUUUCAUGACAUCAUGCGGGAGUGGGAGCGGCGGCGCGAUGGACAGCAAAAGGAGAGCCGAGAGCUGGAAGAGGAACAGGAGAGCGUUGGCGUACAGCACGGUCGGCACUCCGGACUACAUCGCGCCGGAAGUGUUCCUGCAGACGGGCUACGGGCCAGCUUGCGACUGCUGGUCCUUGGGAGUCAUCAUGUACGAGAUGCUCAUAGGAUAUCCGCCGUUCUGCAGCGAGAAUCCGCAGGAGACGUAUAGAAAAGUAAUGAACUGGCGAGAGACGCUGGUCUUUCCGCCGGAAGUGCCCAUCAGCGAAGAGGCUAAGGACGCGAUUAUCAGAUUCUGCUGCGAAGCGGACAGAAGAUUAGGCUCGCAAAGAGGCAUCGAGGAGCUCAAGUUGGCACCUUUCUUCCGCGGCGUCGACUGGGAGCACAUCAGGGAGAGACCGGCCGCGAUACCGGUCGAGGUGCGAUCCAUCGACGACACGUCCAACUUCGACGAAUUUCCAGACGUGAAAUUGGAGAUACCGUCCGCGCCGAUGCCCCAAGACGGCGAAGUAAUAUACAAGGACUGGGUAUUCAUCAACUACACCUUCAAGCGUUUCGAAGGUCUCACGCAACGGGGCACACCGACCAAGAAAUAGCAACCCCUCACCUCCUGCUCGAUCACCAGCAGCGCCGCCGGUGCUAAUCAGCCGGCAGCUGAUGUGAUUGAAAUUCCGGCCUUGGUACAUCAUCCUCAUCAUCCGCCGUUGCCGUCGUCGUCCUUGACACUGGCGACGACGACGGCGGCGGCGGCAGCGGCGGCGGCCACGACGUCGCGAACGGCGGACGGCUGACCUGUCCCGCUGCGGGCGCGGCGGCUCGUCGGCCACGCGUCACUCUUGUUUGUAUAUACGUGAUGAGCACGGGUUGUCGUACGAAUAAGCGCGCGGCGUUAUCACGAUUCGGCGAUCGCGGCGACGAGCUUAGCGGCUGGUUCAGCUAAGCAACUAGCUAUCCAGCCGGUCGGCUGUAUCCAGACGGCAGACGGGGAUGAUAUGGGAGAGAGUCUAGUGAUAAAGGUGCACAAUACCCACAAAUGUGGCAUGCGUUGGGCGCAUGCGUCGAUAACGAGCGGCAGCAACGCGAUGCGCAUCGUCAUCGACGAGGCGCGCACGGGUCUGAGCGCGCGAUAAGAACGAUGCGAAGGAGGAAGACGACGGUCUCUCGUUGUGCGACUCGCGUUGAUUCUCGACCGUCGACGCGGAAGAGGAGACAUUGUUCUCCUCGAUUUUCGUCGUACCGCGCAGGAAGAGGAGAUGGAGGAGACGACGCGUAUUGUGAAGAAAGGAAAUUCGAAGUUCGAAGCGUAGCAUAAUAAGCUCUCUGUGGUAAUGGUAUUAAACGAAAAAGGAAAAAAGACGAUUGGGAGAGAGCCCCGGUCCCGUGUGUGGUCUUCUCGCACGCUCACACGCUCACUCUUCUUAUUUAUCUGACGCGACACGCGUAAGGGUGGUAGUGUCCUUUUUAGUAUGUUUGUCCGCGCAGUGACGCGCUCGGCUAAGCUCUCGAGUUCAAUCUCUCUCUCUCUCUCUUUCCCUCUUUCUUUUUUCUUUCUUUCUUUUUCUCUUUCUUUCUUUUUUCUUUCUUUUUUUCUUUCUUUUUUUCUUUCUUUUUCCUGUCCUUCUCUUCCUCUUCCCUCUUUCUUUUUCUUUUCUUUCUCUCUCUAUUUCGAACGUUGUAUUUAUGCGAUCCAAUUCUGUGAUACGAAGUUGUUGGUGAAAUUCGUGUUUGGUAAAACACGUGUAAAACGCCGCGGCAUACCCUUUUGUCUGUUAGCGGGUGCUAAUGAUUUUAUUGAUGUUGUAAUAUAUGUAUACACACGCGUGCGCGCGCGCGUAUGCGCAUGUAUAUGCGCUCAAUCAACGAUAACUUUAUUACUUUGGAAAAUCUAAGAGUUGUUGGCGACAUGAAAGUCUGGUUUUUAUAUUACGUAUUUCCGCGC